AGUUGUCCGUUGACAGGGCUCCCAGUGGUUCUUUUCGGAACGAAUAUUUCUCAAAAAUGUCGGCCCACUCGGCCCACUCCGAUUACGGGAGUUCGGUCUCUUUAUACAGGCUUCAUGGUUCGGAUCUUUAUCGCGAGAUGCAACUUGCAAGCAAUUUGGGCCGUUCUUUUCGGAUUUAGAUGAUGACAUGUUUGAUUGAUGCUUGUUUCUGUAAAAGCAAAUUCUGGGAGACAAAAAUCAUCGUUUUUGCACUUUAAAAUGCACGCAUCAAUGUAAUCAUAUUUGUUAAUGGAUCUCGGCACAAGGUAAAAAUGAGCACCCGGAUAUUGAACGACAUCCACAAUGAUUUAAAGCGGCUUAUAACGGCGCUUACGUUGUUUGAGGAAGCCGAGGAAGGAUUUCGGAUAUGCGAACGAGUUUGUUUGUCGAACAUCAAACACCACCGCUAUCUCUCUGUGGACAGUCACGCAACCAGGGAGGCGGUGAACGCAAUUGUCACAAAAUUCUCGAUUCACGGAAAAUACGAGGUCGCUAAGAAGUUUCAGGAGCUCGUCGACUCUUUUCUGUCGAGCUUCGACUUUGAGCAGCAUCCGCAGUACGAUCUGCAGUGGUGCCUGUUGACGUUCCUGCUGGAUCUGUCCACUGAAACUCACAAGUCCAGCUUGGACAGUCUGAAACUCGCGCGCGGCGAGCACAGUUUUAACGCGGUUACUGAAAAUGAGGAUAGCAUCACAGAGGAAAUAGACUGGGCGCAAUAUUUGAAGGAAGGUCAGGAGGAUUUCUUUUGUGAUUACAAGAGCGACGAUAGCGAGAGUGAAUGGUCCGAUUUGACGGAAGAAGAAGGGACCGACCAGAAUGAUAUUUCUUUGCCGACGCAAAUAUGUAAUGCUCGAUUGGACGUGGCGCCGUCUCCAGAAGAUUCCGAUCGCGUAACGGACAAAUUUUCCUUGGCGUUGCUGCAGAAUCUCGAAUCUAGAAAGUGGCUCUUGUCAAAUGUUCAAACCGACUGGUGGAAUAAUCUAGGAUGUCAAAAGUAUCCCGUUGUCAAACAAACUUGUGACACCAGUAUAUGUGACAUAUGGCACGAAACGAGUUUGUUGGCCUCAAGCAAAGUAGCUACUCUCAGUGAAUAUCAAGUGUGCAGAGAAUUUUUGUGGAUGUUCUAUGUUCAAACGCCAAUGGUGGUGUUUCAACAAGACGACGAAUCCAAGUUCUCAAUACGUUCUGACGUAUCUAUACCAAGUUUGACAACUAUAGCUUUCAAAAGUAUCCUGUCACCAUACUGCGAAUACUUUUCAAUGAUACAUGAUAUCGAAAGGUUUGGAACUGACUUGCAACCAAUUUGUAACGAAAAUUCAGAACUACAGAGUCCUCCUUUGACCUACGAGGCAUACAGUUCUGCGCUUAAACAACACCUAUGUGAAUUUAAGACCGAAGUGAUUAAUAUGGAAAAGGAUAUUAUGAAGCAAGAAAAUUGCAACACGCUCUUAUCUUUAUCGGCUGAUCUGAGAAGACAUUUGAACACUAUAAAAAUGCUCCACGAUAUACACCAGAAAGUAAUAAUUGAUUGGAAAGUUAAUCCUAAUUGGAAAUGUGCAUCUCGACUAUUAUCAUCCUUGUAUUAUGAGAUGCAAAAUUCUCAUAGUCAAGAGAAAGCAAAUAUUUGUAUGAAUUUGUAUCUGCGUAGCCUUACCGUUUAUCUUAACAUAAUUGAUACGUGGCUGAGCGAAGGACGAUUAGAAGAUUGGCAGGAUGAAUUUAUAAUUGUGAGGGUCAGAGAGGAUGAAAAUGAACAAACUGAAAAAUUUACGACUCGAUUAUCCGAUAGUAUCUGCCUGGCAGAUCCAAUUAUGCAAUUCUUGUUGCAAAAAGUGCAACAUAUGGGACACAGUAUUGAAUUGCUUGUUUCCUUGGAUCGAAUUGCUGAUAUAUGGAGGAUGGAUAAUGAGUACAAUGACAUAAGGAUUUCAUUAAACGUUGAACUGCAAAAUAAAUUGUUAUCAGAAAUAUCUAAAUAUAGUCUGUCAGUGGAAGAGACAGACACCGCACCGCAAAUAAAUAAACUGUUAUUGCGAGAACGUGAUACCGAUAUUGAGAAGAAUAUAAUACAACAGUUAUCAAUUUUACACAAUCCAUUUCUCAUGAAAGCUAUGGAGGACUACUUGCCGUGUGAAUUGUAUAAAAACGAUACGGUAGAUGCUCGUGCGCACAGUACUCACAGUUCUAAAACGAAGCAAGACCAGAUGUAUAAUUUAUACAAAAAACUGCAAAAGAUAAAGUAUAUAUUGCCGAUGCAAAACAUUUUGGAGAAUACAUUGUCUGAGAUUUUAAUACUGCGCUACAACAGCGCCAGUAAAUUGGUAAGAAACAUUAUGAUUGAGGAAUAUAAGCUGCAAACGCACUUGAAGCUGUUGAGAUUUGUUUAUAUGAUGGAAGCUGGACACGUUAUGAAUAAGUUUUACCAAAUCUUGUUUCACGAGAUUGAAAACAACCAAAUGUGGGCUAAUUCGUAUUUUCUGUCGUGUAUUCUUGAAGAGGUGUUUUCCCAAUAUUGGUCAGAUACAAGUUCACGCUGGUCAAUCACGGUUUACGGCAAUAUCAGUACUCAUCAGGUGUUACAAGCUGUAAAUAGUAUAACGUUGCAUUAUACAGUAGAAUGGCCUAUAAGCAUCGUAUUGACUAAAAAAGUUUUGGAAAAGUACAAUGAGAUAUUCAGGUUUCAACUGAAAUUGAAGUGGGCUUUAUGGACGUUAAAUAACUUGAGAUUUUAUGAUCUAGAGGGUUCCAAGUCACCGUGCAUAAGAGAUAGAUUAGAACAGUUCCACAUAAGACGCCUCGAGUGCUUAAGAUUUUGGCUGCUGCACGCGAUAGGAUCUAUACAUACAUACUUGUCCGGCCAAGUAUUACAGAGCUUAGGUUUCAUACUAGAAAAAGUUUUAGCUCAGGCGGAUAGUCUCGAUAGCAUUAUAUCAGUGCACGAUGAGUACUUAAACAAAGUUCACGAGCAUUGCUUAUUAACAGAAGAAUUUCAGGAUUUAAUGAUAACUAUAAAUAACAUGAUCGAAAUGUGUAUUCAUAUACGAGACAGAUGGUCACGCAAGAGAUUGCUGUUAGCCGCUACAGAAUUGGAUGUAAUGGAGCAGAGUUACAUAAAAUACCACACAUAUCUUGCCUUGGCUUUGCACAAUGCGGUACAACACAAGGACGCAGAUUAUUGUAAGUUUUACAAUUUAUUAGCGGUACUUGAUGUAUUUCAAUGCAAUCGCCCACAAUUCUACAGUUCGAUCGGUCGUUCAUAAAUACUAUCGAAACAGUUUGCCAAUCGCCACAAUGUUAAAACAAAGAAUGUUUAAUUAUUUUUUCAAUCAAUCAUUGAAAGAUACGUCAAUGUGUUUAACAUGCACCGACAUGUCGAGACGAAUCCAGAAUAUAUUUGUCAUAUACUGACAAAAUGUUAACUACCUGUUAAAUUGUUGCAUGAUGAAUUAACAGUAUCGCUUCUGACAUACAUAACAUUCUUCCCUUGCUUUAUUUACAGUGACCGCCUUAAGUUCAGCCUUUAAUUGCAGUAUGCCAUGUGCUUAAUUUUGUAUUAAUAAAACGUCACCUCGUACCGGUUUAACAUUAUCAGUGUGCACCCUGAUCUUUCCACUUGGGAUUAACAACAUCAGUUCCAUUUCAUUCGCAACAACUAUUGCUCAAUACUACAGCAAUGUAUAUGUAGUAUUCAGCCGUUAUUGUACUAGAUCAGUGAUAUUAUUACCUCGUUCAUCGUAAAUAUUAAUAAUUUUUUAUACUAAUUAUUUCCGAGAUACGCAAACUCGCUGCGCAAAGAUCUGUAAUAUUUAUAACGUACAACGUUGCGUAUUUAUUUUUUACAAUAAUUGUUUUUGUAUUAUAUAAUCGAGAGGAAAAAUGUUACUUUAUUUUUUGUAGCAAUAAAAAUUGUUUAAAGUUGCAUCGAUCGCUCUUCUAUCACUGCGUACGAUUACCAGUGUAAUAGUUAUCCAAU